UAGUUUUUGUCCAAAACAACGGACAGAUAAUUCCCUUGAGAAAGACCACCAAAAAUGGUCGAAACGUCGGGCAUUUCAAAAACUAAGUUGUUUGAUUGAAUCCCUAGACCGAAAAAUAGCCAAUAUUACAAUAAAACACCAAUAACGGUCGAAAACAUAAUUUUUAAUAUAAAACUAGCUGACUAAGUGUGUUUUAGCAAUUAUUAUUUAAUUAUUUAUAAAUACAAGAGAUCCAAUUUUUCAUGCAUUCGUUGCACAACACUUAAGUUUUACUUCUUUUGUUGAAUGUUACAAAAGAUGGAUAGCAAUGGAAGAAAUCACGAGUACCUACAUUCACGAUUUUAAUCCAGAUUUUUCGUUCAAAAUAAGCGCCUUUGAUCAUGCAAUGAGCUUGCGGACAGUAGACAAUUUGCAUAACAACAACUUGCUCAAAAGUGUAGUGCACAAAUAUUUAAAAGCGGACGAAGCAGCAAUAAUGUUUUUAAUUAUUGAACAACUAUGUCUCUAAAAAAAAACUUUUUUAAAUUGCAGGUUUUUACGACCUUUGGUGUGCUUUCUCAGCAUAAAAUCAAAAACUUUUAAUAAUCCAACUUAAAAUUCUGAGCAUUUGUCAUGACAGCCACAUACCUUGCAACAAAUUGGCGGUAUUUGAAUAGCCUCAAACAUCAUGGUUUCUGAAUAAAUGGCGUUUGUCUUUACAAUUUUGAAAAUUUCUCUCAAUGUACUCGUUUUGGCGUUGCAGGAUAUGGUAGUCCUAUUUUGCCUGGCGUGGCCUGGCUAUCUCUGCAGUUAGGUACAUGUAAUAUCAUUUACUAGGCUAACAAGAUGGAGAAUGAUUGAAGAUUAUACCGAUGAUAUGACAAACCGUGUGCCUUAGGGAUGAAUCAUCCUACAGGAUGAAAAGUUAGCAUUUAAGGAGACAAGAGUAUUGUCUUUAGAAACUUCUACCUUCUACUUGCAGUCGCAGAAGGUCAAAUAUCAGCCUUGAGCUGAGUCCAUUGGCUUUGAGGCUGAGCACUAUAAUAGUGCAUCAUUUUACAGAACAUAGGAACAAAACAGCGCGAACAACUGAACGAAUUAUGAGAGUGAGCCGUGAAGAUCUUUGCAGGGUUCUUUAAAAGUUGUACAGAUCAACUUACGCCACGCCAGCUACCGCACUUUGUCUCCUUUCUACGGGACCUUUACGAGGAUAGCUUGAACUAAGUGGGAAUGUGGAAGUGGAAUGUAGUUUGAGUUGAAAUCUUAAAAAUCGGUAUGAAAUCGGUAUGUUUUGCCAAAAAUCGGUAAUCGGUAUAUACCGAUUCUUGGUUAAAAUUUUGCUCAAAAAUCGGUAUAAAUACCGGAAAAUCGGUAUGUGUGGCAUCGCUGUUCCUGAUGCUUUCCGAGUUGAACUUUAGAUAGCAUCAUUGCAGAUUGAGUUUAACGAAAUAAAAUCGUUCUGCAAAGAAGGGCAAAGUGCGAGUAUGUAGACUCGCGAUUUUAACAUCUCUGAUCCUGUUCUGUUUCUGCUGAGCCAAACAGUGGUAGUAAUUUGGCCAACAGUCAAAACCGCCAGGCGACAAUCGAGCGAAGUGCCGAAGAAAUCACUCGGAAGCUCAUAAAUCAAUUGACCACGAUGAACAAAUAUAGUUUGAAGCAAAUGAUCAACAACCCAGACAGCAAAUAUGAAACUGUCCUGAGAACUCACGCCCGUCAGAAGCUGCGGGCCGAAGUUCGACGACAGCUUCGUAACUUUAGUCAAAACGAAAACACUACACUGGCGAAAGCUGCCUCGGAUGCAACUACGCGGAACCGUCCCACGUCCGAUUGUGACAGCGGGGGCUCCCGGAGGAGCAGGCGUAAGAACUACACCGAACAAUGCGAUGAGUAGCGAUGUAGCCGGUGCUGUUCAACGAUCUGUAUCGUCCCUUAGCACUGUGCCCGGCAGCAGUCCAAACAUGAAGAAGAUCACAUGCUACGAAACUUGGUACGUUAUCAAUAUACCGAAUGCUGAUGGGAAACCUGAGCGACCAUCGUUUGGGAUGACUAUGAUUGGGUUAGGUAACGAGGCAGCAAAGUUGCAGCUUCCUCCGGAAGAGUGGUCUCACAAAAUAAUCCUCACCAAAAGGAAACAUCCGCCCGACGAGAGAGAUGAAGUCUUUAACGGGGAUGUUGAAGAUCGCGCUACCAACGAAGACGAAAAACGCAACUAUGAGCCAUGUAAUAUUAUGUUCCAACGGCGGACGGCCAUCCCAGGAAAGUUCAAUCUGCAGUAUGAUUGGGCUGUUAUCUUCAAAAACGAUACAUUCUUCAUCAAUGUUGAUGGCAAGAACUGCCAACUCUUGGGAGCUCCCAACAAGCUUGCAGAUUGUGCCGACAUCGAGACAUUGCUGUCGGUUGUUGACUAUGACAAUCUAAACAACUCAUGCGUUGAACUAUCAGCUUAGGAUGCUCUGUACGGCACAGCAGCAGAUGCCGAACCACCCGGGAUUGCCGCGCAGUUUGAUCGCGGUGUUGUAUUAUGACGGAAGGAAGUCGCUUGUGGCCAGCUUGAACGAGCUUUUCCAGGUGCGAACCGGUGUUAGCUGGUGUACAAAUGCGUCACAGGAAAUAACCCAGGUCAUAACCUCUUACAUAAAUGGUCUGGUCGCCGAUGGAUUACUUGACAAGAUCGUCGAUACCUUCGGGGAACUAGUCAUCAUCUGUCCCCCUGGAACUGUAUGUGUUGACGAAAAAUCGAGCACUUGGGCCCCCCAAACAUCAUCGGCAAGUGUUGGAGUUGUUCGAGGAAAUUCAGCCGCUCAAAGUAGACGUUCACGGGGGACAAUUGUGAAGGAAACUCCCCACCCGGUUUCCACAUCCUGCUACAAGUCAACACUAUAUACGACUUCCUUAGUCUUCUUCUGCACAUCAUCAUCGAAGGCAAAAACAAGAAUUAUUAAGGAUUCGCAAUCAUCUAAAGAUCUCGUGCGAAGGAAACAACAAAUGGGUCUCGCAAAAGGCCCACCAGGCAACCCCACAGAAACUAAGAACGAGAUGGACCAAUUCCUUCGCUAGAUGAACAUCCUGAUGGUGAAUUGAUUUUCACAAGUACCUGUAACCGGCGCUGUUUGCCGAUAGCGGAGGCCAAAUCACAGGGAUGUGUCUUCAAUUUUAUCGCGGAGCCGACAUGCAAGAGGGCAAUCCAUUUCUGUUACAGCUGGAGGACAGUGGUCCAGGCAGAGAUGCUUUAAAGCCGAUGUUUCUUGCUCCGGAAUAUGUUUCCUCCGAGGUAAUUCGAUUCAACUUCGGAACCACUUGAACGACAACAGAUUAUAAUAUUCAUUUGGGCAAACAUGUCGAGAGGAAUAUUCCGGGCCAGAACGAAAAGGUAGUCCCGAGUUGGAAAGGCAACCGGGAUCGAACACUCACAGAAACUAAGAUCAACGAGAUGGACCGAUUUCUUCGCUAGAUGAACAUCAUUCGCAUGUCGACAUCCUGGUGCAGUUGGUCCACCUGAAGCGGGAGCAUCCGAUACUCCUUCAACUCCAAAGCUCCAGCAGCUAAUUAGGGACAAAAAUAAGCACAACCUUGAACUAUCCAAUGGGUCCCAGAACAUCAAAUCCCAUAAAAAUUAUAGAGAAAUUUCAAUCACAAGAUGAAAUGAAAAAUAUUGUAUUUCAUAUAUUUUUUUAUUGCCACAAAAAAAACUAAUUAAAUAUAUGUACAAAAAUUAA